ACUACUUCUUGGGUGACGCAAACCCAUGGAAGUAAGAGACGCAACACCAACGAAGUUUGCUGUCGCCGAAGCAAGACAGUGAGAGCACAGAGAUUGAUUAUGCCGAGAAAUCACCAUUCGAGUUCCAUCGUUUCGUGAAGAAAAUCUUGGGAUUUUACAAUCUGAGAGACUGGCGAAGGGAGUUCUUUGUCUUUAAUUUUUUUUUCUAGGGAAUGGAGGUGGAGGUUUCUGGUUCGAAACCCUCGUCGUCCAUCGAUGGUGCUACAAGGGAGAGAACUAGGGAGCAGAUACGUGUCAAGACCAAAGACUUGCAGGCUGUGCUUGAGCACUGCCAGAAAGCUCUUGAAUCGCUCAAGAACGCUGGUGAAGAUGGUGUCGAUGCUGAGGGGGAGGAGGAAGAUGCGGAGGAGGUGACUGACCAGGAUUCUUUGUCUCAGUGUGGUGAUCCUGAGACGUCUGAGUUGUGUGAUCUUCUGAAAUCUAGAGUUGAAUCACCUAACUUCCUUCAAAAGCUAGAGAAUGUCCAGGUGUCAGUACCGCAAAAUAUGGCGGAAGAAAAUAGCUCUUGGGACAUGGUCAAUGAAAAUGAUUUAUGGGAUGGUGCAAAUUUGGAUGCCAAUGUUGAGUCGGACCCAGAAGGUUAUGUUCUAGUUAGACAAGAAGAUAUUGUGGAGGGCAUUGCAUGUUUCAUGGCUGCGUAUUUGUUAUCUCUAAAGCAAACUAAAGAUUUAACUCCAAAUCAACUCCAAGAAGCUCUCUGCAAAACAUUCUCUGUAAACAAGACAAAGGGAAAACUCAGAAGGGCUUGGGAUGGAAGCAAAGUUAUUUAUAAUGUUGCAUCCUGGAGUGCAACUGCCAUUGGGAUAUACCAAAACCCAGCACUAUUUAGGGCUGCUUCUGUGGCCUUUUGGACUUCAUGCCGUGUUAUAUCAAGGCUUUUCUGAAUUCACUGUUGCUGCUUUGAAGGUCAGAAGCGUGGGAUUUGCUGUUCAGUGUGGCUCACACGGAGUUCCACGAGAUGUGUAACAUAUAAUCACUUUGUGAAACAAAAUUAAUUGAUUGUUCAAUAACAUUGUUACCUUGUAUAUAUUUUCGAUUCUGGAAACUGUUGCUUUUGACGUC